GUCUUGUCUAUGGGGUCAGCCUCAGAUACUGUUAUCGAAUCCAUGGCUAUACUCUUCGGGCUGGGUAUGACCACGACUGAAGUCAUGCACGCCAUCCGUCUCUGGCACAUGUACACCUCCGCAUCCUAUGUCAAAUGGGGCAUAGUCUUCCUCUCGGUGGUCUACAACGUCGUCCAAUGGGCCCUAAUCGCCAGCUACCUGCACGCCGCAGGGGGACCUUUGCACUUCUACGACGGCAAAACGUGGGUACCAGCCCUGGUGACCCACAGUAUACUUUACAUCUUGACUAUCGUGCGCGCUUUCGUCCCGAGGGAGCGCUCGGCGGACGGGAAGUGGCUGCGGAACAGAGUCCUGCGAGAGGGCACGUUGAUUUUCUCUGUGACGUUCGCAACGACUGUAUUCACAACGGCCGGCUCGCUGUCCACCAACCCCCUUAUAUCCAUCCCCGCCCGCUUCUCCCCGCUAAUGCUCUCCGCGACCUCCGCGGCGAUGUCCCGCCUCAUGUUCAACAUCCGCUCGCUCUCCGCCUUCCUGGGGACCGACCCCGCGUGGAUCCUCUCCAACCUCGAGAUGAGCCGCGUUCGCUGGACGCAGGGCGCGCGCCGCGGCGAGCGCUGGGUCGAGGUGGACGCCGCGUGCGCGGGCGGGGAGCUGAAGAGGAAGGCGUCGAUGUGGCUCGACCCGACGACGAAGAUACGCGUGGUGACGGCGCCGGCGGGCGUGUUGGGGGACGAGGAGGACGAGGCGUAUUUGGUGGAGACGGUGGAGGAUGGGGGGAUCGUUGUUUAA